UGUGUACGGAAAUAGUGAUACUCAGGCUGACAACUUUGUGAAAAAUUAAUGCUUGUAGUCAAGUGGUCUCUUAAAAUAAACAAUCGAGUUCACUCAUUCAUCAGCCAGGGUAGGUGGAGUAAAGCAGAGGAAAGACAAAAAGACCAGGAAGUGGAUGAGAUGGCACUUUGCCUGUAUGAGUGUCUGAGAGCAGUUGGGCUACAGCAACAUUAUGACACUUUUACAUCCAUGGGUGUUCAUCGUGCAGCGCACCUCUCAGAGCUGACAAUGGAGGAUUACCCCAUUCUGGGAAUCAGCACAAUGGAGGACAGAACUCGUCUCUUCCAUUUGGUUCAGAUGGUCAAAAGUCUUGACCUAGAGAACCUUGAUUAUGACACUGGUGCUGAUGGUGACCACAGUGCUGCAGAACACUACACUGAAAGUAGUGGUAAAUGUUACGAUGAUUAUGGAGAACCUUUUGAAGAUGUAUAUGAUGAUGAUGAGGAUGAGAAGGGUGCUGCUAUGAAUAAGACAGACACAGUCACUUUUUCCAAACCAUCAAGUAUUCGCAGGCGGCUUGAUUUCACUUCUGAAAUAAUUGAUCAUCAACAACAGCAAUUUUCUGGUCCUGUAGACACUGGUCAGGUCUGUGCAAGUUAUGAUAGAAUCCACGCGUCAGUACACAGCCACAUGCAGCACAACUCUGAAACAAGAAACACAGUGGUAUAUGGCUGCAGAGGGAACACACACAGGGUAAAUGUCCAUAGUUGUUCCUCUGAUAAUCAUCAUGCAGGAGGAAUUACCAAGCCGGGCAUCACAAGAGGAGCCUCCAUGUUGAACUCAUGCACCAAAUCAUCACCAAAGUGUGGCUCAGUCCAAAAGCCAACUACCAGAUCUGUGACUAUGACACCAAGGAGGAUUACCAACAAACGAUCAGGUCAUAAAUUAAAUGUUAGCCCCCAAAGAAAAGGUAUCUUUAACAAAACAAAACUCCAAACAGUAAUAGGCCUCAAUGAGUCUUCUAAAUGGUUUCCAAAGACAAUACCUGUUUAUAAAGCAAUGAGACCAUCUGGUUACAACUACGGAUUACCACAAAGCUCCGUUCCCACUCCAAACAAAAGGUUGGACGGGAGACCCGCGAAUCAGUGUGUGUGUGAGGAAAAGACCUUUGACACACGUAGAAAAAAGGAGAAGAGAGGCAGAUGUUGUGACAACUCCUGGUGGAGAAUGUGUAAUUGUCCAUGAAAGCAAAGAGGCUGUGGAUCUGUCCCAGUACAUACUUCAGCACAGGUUCUACUUUGACCAGGUUUUCGGAGAGGAAAAUUCCAAUGAUGAAGUGUAUCAGAGAACAGCAUAUCCCCUGGUGCAGCACAUGCUCAAUGGAGGCAGAGCCACCUGCUUUGCAUAUGGGCAGACAGGUGCAGGGAAGACUCACACCAUGUUGGGGUCAUCUCCUGGGAAACUGGGGUUAUAUGCGCUGGCAGCGCAAGACAUUUUUUCUUAUAUCUCUACCACACGUUCACACUCACACUUGACAGUGUAUAUCAGUUUCUUCGAGAUCUAUUGUGGCCAUCUCUAUGACCUAUUGGACCACAGAAAAAGGCUAUUUGCCAGGGAGGAUGGCCAAAAAAUGGUUCACAUUGCAGGUCUGUGCCAUAUCAGGGUGGACUCAGUGAACUCACUGCUGGAGGUGAUUUCACAGGGCACAGAGGAGCGCACCCAGGGGAUGAGUGGAGUGAAUCCCCUAUCAUCUCGUUCCCAUGCCUUGCUUCAGAUUCAGCUCAGAGAUCCCAACCAGCAGACAUUUGGCAGAAUGUGGUUUGUGGACCUGGCAGGAAGUGAGAGGGCAUCCGAUUCUAAAGAACCAGACAAGCAGAGUCGUAUGGAAGGAGCUGAGAUCAACCAGAGUCUGUUGGCUCUAAAGGAAUGUAUCCGGUCACUUGAUCAAGAACAGUCUCACACACCAUUCAGACAAAGCAAACUCACUCAGGUUUUGAAAGACUCGUUUGUUGGUGACUCAAUGACAUGUAUGAUUGCAAACAUCUCACCUUGUAACUCAGCGACUGAACACACAUUAAACACGUUGCGAUAUGCUGAUCGUGUGAAGGAGUUGAAGGGACUGGGAGGACACAGAAGAGGAAGAAGAGGAAAGACAACACCCUGCCCCAAAUAUAAUCUGUCAAACAACAACAGUACCUUUGGAGGCAGCAGUGUUGGCACCAGAGGGAAAAGCCCCCCUAAAAAGCCAAAGUUGCAGAGAGAGGCAUUUGGCCCUUCCACACCUACCAUGAGGCUGCCCAAAGGGGGCACAUUUCUUUGCUCCACACCCAGGAACAACAGAUGGGGAGAGGAGACAAAUGUGCGGGAAAAAAAUGGGAAUGUAUUUGACGAAAUCACACCCAUCAGAUGUUCAUCGGGCUCGGGUGACAAAAGGCAGAGGGGAGAGGGAGAACAUAAGAGUGACACAGAAAGGUGGCGCAAAGUUGACAGACAUUCAUUUAGUGAUCAAAACACCAAUGCAGGGUUGGCACUGAGACAACCAAAGGAUGGGCAGCCUUUUUUAUGGGAGGUGCAAAGAAAAGGAGUUGCUGAUGAAGGUAAUUUCUGUCUUGGUCGAAGGCAUUCUGGAUUCUGUAACAGAGAAGAAGAAAAACAACAAGGCAUUUCUACAGAACAGGGAAAAGAGAUGGAAAUGAAAUGUAGAGAACAGACAGGACAAAUUGAAAGCAUUAAAGACACAUGUGAUGAAGUGGAAAGGAUGAGGGAAGAUUUACAAGUAAAUAAAAGAAAAAAAGAGAGGGAGAAGCACCUGAGACUGUAUCACCAGCAGCUGCAGCAGUUUGUGCCUUCACCUGUCUCGGUAUCUUCCUCUAAUCAGCCAUCUCUCACUUCCUCUCCAUCUUCCUCUUCAAAUGUCUCAGCUUCUCCACUUAGAUAUGAUCAUCUAGAGGAGAUUUUAGAUGUGUACAGAGCCAGGGUUGAAGUCAGGGCUCAUAGUAAUCGUGGACUGUUGCCUUUCCCCAGUGAACAGGUUUGCGUACAAACUGAGACUUUUCCGAGCUACAACCUAAAUAAUGACGAGGAAGGUCAUCGUGGUUCAGUCUGCAUAGAUUCAGAAUGGAAGGCAACAGAAGCAACUUUUCGACAGACAGAAGAUAGAAGUGGAAGUGAGAGGAGGACACCACUUGAAGUAAAGUGGGAAAGAGAGGCAAGAGUAAGGAGACCAGUUCAGAUAGUAGAAGGAGAGAAGUGGGCAUGGGUGGCAACUACACAGUCAGAACAAGCACAUAGGAUGCCAGGGGCAAUGAUGAAUGAUGUGGAGGCACUAAUGUCCAACAACUGUGAUUCAGAAGAGAUUAGAUUGGGGAGACAGGAAGAAGUGGAUGCCUCAUCUGAUGGAGUGUGGAGUGUUGAAGAUGCUGAAGAAUCUGAUGGAUUAGGGUCUACCUGCAGCAACAGUGACAACAUCAGUGUCUUUAACCAUCCUCCUGCUGAGUCAGCCAGUCAGAGAGCUCCAGCAGAACGACCCCUCUCCCCAGGGUGUGAGCACAACAAUGCACUCCUGACUCUCUCUUCUUUGAAUCACUCCCCUAGGUCAAAACAAAGCAGGUGCAGUUCUAAAAUCCUACCAUUGCUAAAUACCUUAAAGGGAGCGCCAUCACACAGCUGUGAACAGAAGGAACUAAAUUUAGGUGUUAAUGCCAGUAAAAGGGAAUUUACCUCACUGCCACUCACAACUUCCAUUAAACAUGACGGAUGCAUUGAGCCAUUUAACACACUGCCUGAAAAUCUGUCUUAUAUUCAAAUACACAACCGUCAAGACAGCAAAGCCAAAAUGUCUGUUUUACCUCAAGAGGAGAGUUUUGCUGGUUUUCUAAAUGACAGCAUGGACCCUCUCAGCAUCUCCAUGCUGCAGGUGGACCAACAGGCCGCCACAGAUUCAUUCCUCCAAGGGAAAGAGAGCAUCCAUUCACUCUGUCCACCUGAUAUGGAAGGAGGUGAGGGUGAUGGAAGAGGAAUGGAAAAGGAGCAUUUCACAUGUGAGAAGACGAGAGGCAAAGUUGAAGAGGACAAAGACAUCAAGUUUCAUAUGUUUCUUUUGAAGAAAAUCUGCUCCUCUGCUACCUCUGCUGAUAGAUUAGGCAUGGUGAAGUCUUCUAUCCCUGUUUCAUGUGUAGCACAGCCGACCACUGAGCCUCUGGCCAUCACAGCCUCUGCACCUCCACUUAAAUCCACGCGUCACACAUCUUUGCAAACAUCUGCCAUUCAGUCCAACUCACCUUCUGUCCACUACCCUGGCUCACACUAUGUCAUCACACAUAGUGCCACUCAAAUGCCACCGCAAUACGUUCCCAACAUCCACAGGGAAUCUGCAUCUUCCAUAUCAGCGACUCAGACGGGCAGUAUCCAGGACAACUCGAACACGAUGCCAAACCAGCGUCACUCUGUACAUUCUGGUUACGCCAGGGAGACAAACAAGUUGCCCCAACUGACUAGUCCAAGACAGCCAAAUAAUAAAGGAGAAGGCAGAACUAAUCAGCAACUUACAUCCAAAACAAACCUUGAAGACUUGGAUGAGGCCCAGUGGUGUGUUGUUCAGGCCCACUGGGAGCAGCUAAAGGAAAUGGAAGCUCUAACUCAUAAAGAGGGGACCCUUCUGUGCCAGCAGCCUGAUAUGACAUUUGCAGAGUACAUCAACCAGCUGGAAGUGAUCAUGGAAAGAAAGGCUAAAUGUGUCCACAGCAUGAUAGCUCAGCUACAACCAUAUCUAAAAUUCAGCCCUUCUUCACACCAGCAGCACAAGCAAGAAGAUGACCAUAAUCUAACAAUUUGAAUUACCUCGGUCAGGCACAAAUGUUGAUAUUUUCAAGUUAACCAGUGCCAGUUAUACAAAGCCAUGACAUUUAUGGCAUGAUAUUUUCACCAACAAUGGGAUUUUAAAGAAUAUCUAUGAAUCUUUUGUUAUGGUCAAGUAAAUUAAUUUUGUAUUGUAAUCUGACCAUUGGACAAAACCAGUGGUGGAGAAUCCCAGCUCCAUAAAGUAAAAGUCCUGCCAUGUAUUUGGUCCAACCAUUCACUGAACCAGCCCAUUUUGAUGAGCACGUCUCCUCAUCCAGGUAGAUCGGAUCAUUAGUGGAAUCACCUGUAUUAAAUGAACAGGUAGAAUCAAUACAUGGCAGGACUUUUACUUUAUGGAGUUGGGAUUCUCCAUGAGCAUAGCCAUGUGUUACACAGAGGAUAAGAAUGUGUAUGAAGUAUGGGCCUUAUGCAGGAACAUUUUUAUAUUUGUAUCUGAGCUUUACUUUUUUUUGCAUGAUGGGGUUGUACAAGCGUGCCACAUCAGAUUCACAGAAUAUAAUAUAAAUGCUUGUAACUUCAGAAAACUGACAUGAAGAAUGCCACCUGUGCUCUCAGCUUUUGUCAAACAUAAUGUCUUUUUCACAACUGGUUCUUGCACAAGGCCAUUUCUUGUAACUGAACUCAUACUGUUUGUGUGUUUGUUUAUUAACUUAUUAAUGGAGUGAAUGUAGGUUGGGUGAGGUAGAAAUAUUUUUUGUAUGAACUUCAAUAUGAUACAGUUUAAUAUAUUAUGAAAUGAAUAGUCAUUUGAUUAAAUAAUUAUUUGUCUGUUUAGGAAGGAAAUUUAAUACACCACUGUUCACCACUAGAGUUCAGGUGUAGUGGAAUUUACAUGGCUCUUGCAGUUACUGCAUUCUGUAUCUAAGCAUUCUUUGCUUUAACUUCUUUUUUUAUGGAUAAACACAUAACAUUUUCUUAUUUUUGAGUUCAGUUCUCCAACAGGAUAAUAUAAAAAUUAGGGAUGUUUUUAGUCAUUUUUGGUUUUCAGUCGCUGAAAUGAUUGGGGUUUUGCCUAACUCUAAAAUUUAUUUCCUUGAAUUGUUCUGUGCAGUAAAUGGACUGAUUAAACAAAGGCAAUAGGUGAUAGGUAAUAAUUAUAAUAAUGAGUUGAUUUUCACGAACCUUCAUGAAAUUAUAACUAUAAUAAAAUGACAGGAUAGAACCAGAGAAGACACCAAAACAUACUACACAACAGCCUUGCAUUGGAGAAGAAAACUAAGAGAACCAGUCUUGGUCCUCAUGUCUACAGACAAAAUACUCUUUUUAUCUAGUUAUUUAUUUCAGUUCGCUCUGAAAACAACAAUAAAC